AUGAAAUGGGAUGGAAACGAGCAACUCGUUCACCUCAUCGUACACGCAACCCCGAGAUGCAAACUUCCGAAUCAAGAAGUCUCGCUUCCGAAUAUAUUCCUAGCACAACACUGGUGGCAUUUUCUCAAGCCAAACACAGCCCAGGGAACCGCGAAUAAUAGUGGCAAUAACAAUCAUUCCAAAGCCCCUAAAAUUACCGAGCACCGGGUAUCAGGCGAGUCUAGCAGGGAUGCGCGUAACAGAUCAAUACUCAGUCCGAAUGCUCCUACUCUCCUCUCAGAAGCAAGCUCCAUAAUCACAGUUGAUGGACCAGCAAGACGAUCUAUCAAGAACUAUGACAAUUCAGACAUUGAUGAGGAGAAACCAAGCCGCCCAAACUCCUACAAAGUAAUUUCCGAAAUCUUCAACGAAAAACCCCUGAAAUUCACGCGAGAUCCAGGUGGCUCCCCUCUUUCCCUCCCUACUCGCAGCGUCUACACCGACCUCCUCGAAAACUCAUAUUCUUCAAAAUUGGCCGCAAUUUUCACUACCUUCAUGGUCCCCGCGAAGCUUUUCCCCACCCGGUUCCGUUGCACCGCCCACGGCAUCUCGUCUGCAGCGGGCAAGAUUGCGUCUGUGGUUGUGCAGGCGUUCGUUGCAUACGCACCCAUUGGGUCCUACCGAUCUUCGGAUCCUGGUGCGGAAUGGCUGGGGUAUGUUAUUAUUAUAUUCGUGCCGUUUAUGUUACUUGGGGUUGCGGUGACAAAGUGGUUGAUUCCGGAGACGCGGGAGAGUGAUGGGUCGAAUACACUGCUGGAGCAGUUGGAAGAUGUGAUUAAGAUGAAUAGGCAAGUUAAGUUUUCGUGUGCGUCGGCGAGGAGAGGUGUGAGUGGUCUAGUGCUAAGCCUUUUGACUGCUUUUGUUUCGUCCGAUCUCGUGAAAAAUUUUCCCUUAGACACUGUCUGA